AUGUGGCUUCCAAAAGGAAAUGGGGGAAAGAUGGGAGGAGGAAAUGGGGUAAAGAUGGAAGGAGGAAAUGGGUUGGUUGCACUUGCUGUGGACAAGGAGAAAGGAAGCCAACAUGCUGUCAAGUGGGCUGCUGACAAUCUUCUAACCAAGGGCCAAACUGUUAUUCUAAUCCAUGUUGUUCACAGGGCUUCAAAAUACCCAUCUGAAGCUACAGGCCAUAGGGGAAGCCAUGCCAUUAUUUGUGACAGCAACAACGCAGCUGCCUCACCACAUAGACAACAGCUUGAGAAGCAAACGAAGGAUCUGUUCCUUACCUUCCACUGCUACUGUACUCGUAAAGACAUACAAUGCCUUGAUGUCUUACUCGAAGACACAGAUAUAAUAAAAGCAUUAACAGAAUAUAUUUCCUAUGCUGCGAUAACGAACUUGGUUCUUGGUGCAUCACGGCAUGGAUUCAUUAGAUUCAAGACAUCAAACAUUCAAAGCGGCGUAACAAAAGGGGUACCGGAUUUCUGUACUGUAUAUGUGAUCUCCAAAUGCAAGAUCUCUUCUGUUCGAAACGCUUGUCGUCCACCCCCCUACCUUUCCCCACUGCUUGACCAUAUUCAGAGACUAUCUAACAAAAAAAACCUCAAUGCUUCUGACCCACGCGCCAAACGAAGAGCAAACAGGGCAGCAUUCACGCCUCGUAACUCAGACGAUGAAUCAGUCAGGUCACCCUUUGCAAGAGGAAGAAGAGGUUUGAAUGCAAAGGCCACCCAUGCAGACUUUUCAGAAUCAGAAACUGACAUAUCGUUUGUGAGUUCUGGGAGGCCCAGCACUGAACCGAUGUCUCCUUUCCCCUACGAGUUUCCUGAUUCAGGCCGAACCUCUAGGCUCUCAACCAACUCAGAUCAAACCUGUGGAUCAAUCCGUUUGGGAACCAAGUUCAAUGACCCUAAUUUGUUGCACAACUUCUCAUCAUUUUCAAACGACAGCAGUAUAACAUCAAGUUCAUGGUCCUCAUCACAGAACUUGGAGGAUGUGGAGGCUGAGAUGAGGAGGCUGAAGCUGGAGCUGAAGCAAACGAUGGACAUGUACAGUACAGCAUGCAGAGAAGCACUAACGGCAAAACAGAAGGCAAUGGACCUGGAUCAUUGGAGACUUGAAGAAGAGCGCAAGUUAGAAGAGGCAAGAUUGGCAGAGGAAGCUUCCCGGGCAAUAGCAGAGAAAGAGAAAGCCAGGUGCAAGGCAGCCAUGGAAUCAGCUGAAGUAGCAAAGAGGAUUGCGGAGUUAGAAUCACAAAGAAGAGCAUAUGCGGAAAUCAAAUCCCUCAGAGAAGUGGAGCAAAUAAGGAAGGUAUUGGAUAAUUUAGCCCAGAGUGAUGUCAAAUACAGGAGAUACAAUAUCAAGGAGAUUGAGAAGGCAACAGAAUUCUUUGCUGAAUCUCGCAAGAUUGGUGAAGGAGGUUACGGCCCUGUCUAUAGGUGUUACCUUGAUCAUACACCAGUUGCAGUCAAGGUUUUAAGUGCAGAUGCUGCUCAAGGGAGAUCACAAUUUCAGCAAGAGAUUGACAUACUUAGCUGCAUAAGACACCCCAAUAUGGUACUCCUUCUAGGAGCAUGUCCUGAAUAUGGCAUCCUAGUCUACGAAUACAUGGCUAAUGGAAGUUUAGAUGACCGUCUCUUCCGGAAAGGAAACACCCCAGUUCUGUCUUGGCAACUCAGGUUCCGAAUUGCUGCAGAAAUUGCCACCGGCCUACUCUUUCUCCACCAGACCAAGCCAGAGCCACUAGUACACCGUGACCUCAAGCCAGGAAACAUUUUGCUAGACCACAACUAUGUCAGCAAGAUUAGUGAUGUUGGAUUGGCCAGGCUUGUACCUGCGGUAUCUGAGAAUGUAACACAGUACCACAUGACAUCAACAGCUGGAACUUUUUGUUAUAUUGAUCCAGAAUAUCAACAAACAGGAAUGCUUGGUGUAAAAUCUGACGUCUAUUCCCUAGGAGUCAUGCUUCUGCAAAUGUUAACAGCCAAGCCGCCAAUGGGUCUGGCGCACCAUGUUGACCAGUCUAUUGAGAAAGGAAAGCUGGCUCAGAUGCUUGACCCUGCUGUGCCUGAUUGGCCAGUUGAAGAGACCUUGCGCUUUGCGAAGCUAGCAGUCCAAUGUGCGGAGCUCAGACGGAAAGACAGGCCAGAUCUUUGCAAUGAAGUAUUGCCAGAGCUCUGUGGACUGAGAGAAGUAGCUGAAGAAAAGAUGAACCGCGACGUCUUAGGUGCCAGUGCUUCCCCCUCUCCCAUUCGCAGCCAUGUUUCAAUGCAACAGGAUGUUAUGAGUGAUGCACUCCUUGUGAACUCAGGAAGCACAAAAAGCAGAUCAAGCACAUCGUCAUUGAAGGAAGAGAAUCAGGUGUAG